AUUGCUAGCGAUUUCACAGGAACACGGAAAGCUGAUUAGUCAAUUUAGUAACGUCAUUAAUCUGUGUUUCUUAUUAAUUAGUUUCAUGUUUAUCACUCGAUUGAUUGUCGUGUUUUUGUACCGGUGGCUGAAUGCAUAGGAUGCGUCGUUCGCCUAUUUAUUGUGAUUUGGAUUGUUGGUUUUAGAUUUGUAUAUGUCCUCAUGAGUGUAUCUUUGCUGGAAAAGGACCGACAAGUGACAACUAGCAGGACUUGAAGUUGUAUAAUACAGAACUGAGAUUGGAAGACUUUUUUGACUAUGGAGGGUCCUGCUGAUAUUUUACCUUCCACUCUGAAGAAGUCUGUCGUCGACGCAAAACUUUUGCUAGUUGGGGCUGGGGGAAUCGGCUGUGAAGUUCUAAAGAACCUGGUUCUUUCAGGUUUCAAAAACAUUGAAGUGAUUGAUCUGGACACCAUUGACGUGAGCAACCUGAACAGGCAGUUUCUGUUCCAAAGGCAGCAUGUCGGCAAGUCCAAGGCCAAGGUGGCCUGUGAGGCCGCCCUGGGUUUCAACCCAUCCGUCACCCUCAAGGCGCACCAUGACAGCGUCAUGAGUCAGGAGUACGGCGUCAACUUCUUCAAGGGCUUCACGCUGGUGCUGAACGCGCUGGAUAACCGGGCGGCUCGGAACCACGUGAACCGGAUGUGUCUGGCGGCGCAGGUGCCGCUGGUGGAGAGCGGUACGGCCGGCUACCUCGGACAGGUCACGGUGAUUAAGCGCGGCGUGACCGAGUGCUAUGAGUGCCAGCCGAAGCCGGCGCAGAAGACGUUCCCGGGCUGUACGAUCCGUAACACGCCCUCGGAGCCCAUCCACUGCAUCGUCUGGGCCAAACACCUCUUCAAUCAGCUGUUUGGCGAGGCGGACCCGGACGAGGACGUAUCCCCGGACACCGCCGAUCCCGAGCUGACAGGUGACGCGGCCGGCUCGGCGGCUCUCUCCGAACCAGCCCGCGAGGACGGUAACGUAGAGCGGGUCUCCACGCGCGGCUGGGCGGCGCAGAAUGACUACGAACCGCGUAAGCUGUUCCGCAAGCUGUUCAAUGACGACAUCCGCUACCUGCUGACGAUGGAUAAGCUGUGGCAGAAGAGGCGGCCACCCACGCCGCUCGACUGGGACACUCUGCCUGACGCAGUGGCCGACAGCAGCAGCAGCUCCACCGCCGACUCGUCCCUCUCGGACCAGCGUCUGUGGCCGCCGGCUGAGUGUGCUGCCGUCCUGGAGCGCGCUGUCGGCCGGCUCAAGGACCAGCUGGCCGCCCGGCCCGCCGGCGACCAUCUGGUCUGGGAUAAGGACGACGAGAACGGCAUGGACUUUGUGGCGGCGUGCGCCAACCUGCGCGCACACUGCUUCGGCAUCCGGCUCAACACGCGCUUCACCAUCAAAUCGAUGGCCGGCAACAUCAUCCCGGCGAUCGCCACCACCAACGCCAUCAUCGCUGCCAUGGUGGUGUUUGAGGCCUUCAAACUGCUCGAGGGACGGCUGGACGACUGCAAAACGGUGUACCUGAACCGGCAACCCAACGCUAGGAAACGGCUGCUCGUACCCUGUGUCCUGGAGAAGCCCAACCCCAAGUGCUACGUCUGCGCUGAGAAACCGGAGGUGACGGUGCGUCUGGACGUGAGUCAGAUGAAGCUACAGGCACUGGAGGAGCGGGUGCUGAAGGCGGCGCUGAACAUGGUGGCUCCGGACGCCGAACUGCUGGACGGCCGGGGCACCAUCCUCAUCUCGUCAGAGGAGGGAGAGACGGCCGCCAACGCGCCGCGCACCCUGGCCGAGCUCGGCGUCAGGGACGGCGCGCGCCUGCGCUGUGACGACUUUCUGCAAAACUACGAGCUCAUAGUCAAUAUCGUCAACAGCACGGAGCUACCGGACGGCCAGGAGUUUGAGGUGGUGGGCGACGCCAGCCAGCUGCAGCCCGCCGCCCCCGCCCGCGCCGACGGCGAGGCGGGUCCUUCCUCAGCGGACGCCGGCGGCUCGGCGGCAGCCAACGGUAGCGGCAACGGCGCCGGCAAAGCAACGACCACGGUCGAAGACGACGACGACCUGGUGUGUCUAUCCGAGGGAGAGGACGGGACCGGGACGGACGGGGAGGUCCCCACCGCCACCACUACCACCGUGGGGACGCCGGCCUCCAAACGGCCGGCUCAGUCCGACCAGGGCACGCCGCCGGCCAAAAAACGCCGAGCCCUCAGCGGAUCAGAGUCGCCGGAGGUGAUCGAACUUUAGUGCGAACUCUUGACGCUGACCGGGCGGGUAAGGCGGAGCGGUACAUGUGUCUGUGUCGAUAGAGGUGGUGCCGGUACAAGACAGAGAGAAUAAGGAGGCAUUGAGAAGGUUCAUGAGAAGAAGAGAGGAUGUUCAUAAAGCUCAUACGGGAGAAAAGUACGUCCCCCCCGGCUCUGUCGUCGUAAGAUUGGGACAUGCUACAUUGUUUCUGCAUAGUAAUGUGACUACGUUACAAAACCAAAACUGGUUGUCUCCUAGACCUCUGUAUGUUACCAGCUGACGAUUCGAUACUUUCCAUCUUCAAUGGAAGCUGAUAGUCCAUUGGUGAGUCCAAGCCGUUUCGACACUGAGAACGAAAUCUGCUGGUACCGCCCUGGAUGGACCAAACGCCGUUCCUGCGGCGGCUCCGUGUUCUGUGAGUAGCUAGACAUUGUGUUCCUCUCGCUCGUUUACUUCGAGCCCAUCUCUGUGCCGUCUUACCACACUUACCACAGACGCCAAACAGAAUACACUUUUGUAUAUAA